AUGCUCUUAAGCGCUCUAACCGUAUUGUUGUUGCCUACUAUGAGUAUUGCGGAGGGCUGGCGCUGCAUUUGUCAAUUGCCGUAUGUUGACGAUCCUUCUUGGACCACCGACGACGCGUGCAAGGCUAUCAACCGGAAGCGAUCCAUCUCUCCUCGUUCAGACAGAGUCACUUGCUGUUUUUUCGACGAUAGCUACACCGAGAAGUUCAAAAAAGCAUGUAGCGACGAAGGGGUGAACUUCGGCGGCCAAUGCUUUGGAAUACCCUGCCCUUUUUGGUGA